UAUAAAAGCCAUCGUCUCCGUUUGCGAACCCUAGCCGCGUCUCUGCUCGCUCCCUCUGUUGCCGCCCGGAUCUUCUGCAAUGGUUUUUGUCAAGUCUCAGAAGUCCAAGGCCUACUUCAAGAGGUUCCAAGUCAAAUACAAGAGAAGGCGAGAUGGAAAGACUGAUUAUCGGGCAAGAAUUAGGCUCAUCAAUCAAGACAAAAACAAAUACAACACACCCAAGUAUCGGUUUGUUGUCAGAUUCACAAACAAGGAUAUUGUGGCCCAGAUUUUAUCUGCCAGCAUUUCUGGCGAUUUGGUCCUUGCAUCAGCCUAUUCUCAUGAGCUGCCACACUAUGGACUUGAAGUUGGUCUCACAAACUAUGCUGCAGCAUACUGCACUGGCCUUCUCUUGGCCCGACGUGUUCUAAAGACCCUUGAGAUGGAUGCUGAGUAUGAAGGCAAUGUUGUGGCUACUGGUGAGGAUUUUUCUGUUGAGCCAACUGAGAGCAGAAGACCAUUCCGUGCUCUUCUUGAUGUUGGUUUAAUUAGGACAACUACUGGAAAUCGUGUUUUUGGUGCCUUGAAGGGAGCUUUGGAUGGUGGUUUGGAUAUUCCACACAGUGAGAAGAGGUUUGCUGGUUUCUCCAAGGACAACAAGCAGCUUGAUGCUGAGGUCCAUCGCAAAUACAUCUAUGGUGGCCAUGUUGCUGCAUAUAUGAGGACUUUGAUGGAGGAUGAACCAGAAAAGUAUCAGACUCAUUUCAGUGAAUAUAUCAAGAAGGGAAUUGAAGCUGAUAAUAUCGAAGAGGUUUACAAGAAAGUGCAUGCAGCCAUCCGAGCCGAUCCUACAAUGAAGAAGUCUUCAAAGCCCCAACCCUCAGAACACAAGAGGUGGAACCUCAAGAAGCUUACAUAUGAGGAAAGGAAGAACAAAUUGAUCGAGAGACUCAAUGCCUUCAACUCAGCUGCACAUGCUGAUGAUGACGAUGAAGAGUGAUCAAGAGAUCUGUUUCCUUUACCUUGUUUUUUACCUAAGCCUGCAGUGUCAUUGAGUUAUAAUAUCACCUAGUACACCUUGAAGUUAGAAACAAAUUUUCUUCACUAGAACAUGGAUUACUCUAUUUGGUGGUUUUCUUGUUUGGUGAUGGAAGCUAGAAGUUUUGACGGCUAUUUAUCAAAUUUCAUGUCUCAAGUCCAGUUUUGAA